ACUCAGACACGAGGAACACCAGAUCCUUUGUGUGGACUCAGAUCAGGUGAACAUGAUUUCUGAUGAUUUCUGAUUUCUGACUUCUGACCAUGAACAACUCUGUGAACUUACUGCAGAUCACCUUCACCAUCUACAGCUCUCUGGGUGUGUACAAUGUUGCACUGGUUGUGUUUGUCUUUGUCUUCUAUGUUUCCAGUGUGUGCAUUAACGUCUUCCUGGUGACGGUCAUUUGCACGGACCCCCGCCUGUACGGCAGACCCAUGUACGUGCUGCUCAUGAACCUGUGUCUGUGUGGCAUGGUGGGCACAACAUCAGUGUGUCUCAGCAUCAUCAAACAUGUGCUGCACCAUAAUCAGCAAAUGUCCUUGCAGGCAUGUCUGACCCAGGUCUUCUUCAAUGGCAUGUACAGCACCUGUAUAUUCUGUAUUCUGGCGCUGAUGGCAUAUGACCGCUACGUCUCUAUCUGUAAACCACUGCUUUACCACACCAUCAUGACUCCACUGAGAGUCAACCUGAUGCUGCUGGUGGUUUACAUGGUCCUCGGCUCCUUCUCAGGCAUGCAGCUGUACCUGACGUCCAGACUGCAACUGUGCGGACACGCAGUUGACAAGUUAUUUUGUUACAGUAUGGCGAUCGCUUACCUCUCCUGUAAGAGCUCAACAGUGAUUUAUGUUUACGGUCUAACUUGUGCUUGCUUCUUCAUCAUGCUCCCGUGUUGUCUGGUCAUUCUGUCCUACGUCCACAUCUUCAUGGUGAUUGUGAAAAAAUCUAAGGACUCCCAGAGGAGGGCACUGCAGACAUGCACACCUCACUUAGUCACUUUCAUUAACUUCUCUGUGGCGUCCUUAUUCGGAGUCAUUUACAACCGACUUAGUCGGGACCUCCCAAUAGUUGUCACGAUUUUCAUCACUGUGAAUUUUUUCAUCAUCCCCCCUCUGCUCCAUCCCAUAAUUUAUGGGAUCAAAAUGCAGGAGAUUCGACAAAGUAUCAGCAAAAGGUUGAAGGAUAAAAAACGGAGCUGCGACUUCAAUUGA